AUGGAAGGAGAUCAAGAUUUGUGGAAGGACUUUAAGCCGGAAACACUGAAGUGGGGAAAAAGAAUAGCUUCCGGUGGUUAUGGAGAUGUGUUUGCAGGUGCUUACGACGGGAAAAAAGUGGCAAUCAAAGUAAUGAUGGGUUCGGCUUUUGAGGAGGCGUUCCAGCGAGAAGUGUCGACAUGGAUUCAGCUUGGUGAUCAUCCAAACGUCGCAGUGUUUAUUGGGGCAACGAAAGACAUCAAACCCCCGAAGCAGCCUAAAAAUUGUUAUUGCAUUGUGAGUGAAUUUCUCCCGGGUGGUACCUUGGCCGCGUAUAUCACAAAACACAAGAAGAUGGCCUUGCCCCGCAAACUCCAAUUAGCCCUGGAUGCUGCCAGAGGGGUGUCUCAUCUGCACUCCAAGAACAUCCUUCAUCGAGACGUAAAGCUCGAGAAUCUGUUACUCGACGGUGAAGGCAGGGUGAAGAUUCUUGAUUUCGGGAUUUCAAGAAUUGAAGAUGUUGACAUGAGCGUUAAUGUCGGGAGCAGAGGAUACAAAGCUCCAGAGGUCAUGUUUCAUGGGUCGUAUGAUUGCAGGUGUGAUGUCUUCAGCUUUGGGAUUUGCCUCUGGGAGAUAUACUACCAGAAGAGAGCCCAACUCAAUCUGAGUACUACCCCACGAAUCGGCGAUGAUUGCCCGGAAGAUCUUGCUAAUUUGAUGAGGCGGUGCUGGAGGGAUUGUAAAGAAAGACCCAAGAUGGCAGAAGUCGCCAAGGAUUUAGAAGACAUGUUAAGCAAAACAGAGGACGACAUGGGGUCCCAAACAAAUAAUCAAGUUGGUGGUUGUUGUUUCGGCUUCCUGAUCAGACGAUGA